UCUGCCGCGGCGGCUCUAGCCCUUAAAGGCCCUGAUACACCACUAAAUUUCCCUGAAUCGAUUCUUUCCUACCCAAUACCAGCCUCAGCAUCCUCUAGUGAUAUAAGGGCUGCAGCUGCUAGUGCAGCAUCAAGCAGGUCGCCGAGACCUGAAGCUGGGCCAAAUCCUGAAUUGGACCAGCUUGAAACAGAAGGCACAUCAUCCAGCACUACCACUGCCGACAUUCAAUCAGGACAGGAAUUCAUCGACGAGGAAGAACUUUUGAACCUGCCCAAUUUGCUAGUUGACAUGGCAGGAGGAAUGCUCGUAAGUCCACCAAGAAUAAACACGCCAUCUUCUGAUGAUUCACCAGGGAAUUCCGAUGCAGAAAACCUAUGGUCCUACCGCUAAUACCCAGCCAGGCAGCUACAUACCCAGCCUCAUUUCUCCACGGAAAUUUUUCAUGGUACUAGCUGUCUGCUUCUCGGUUUUGGUAAAAACAAGAGGGUUAGGUCACUCGGUGGACCAAUGGAUGGCUCUUAUUCAAGAUUUUAGCAUUGAAGUGGUUUAUAGGUAAAGGUAAAACAAGUAGGUGGAUUAACUUUGCAGCGACAGUGGUUAGCUUUGAAGUUGUCAGCCAGAGCCAGAGCCAGAGCACAUCUCUCUCCUUCCAUAUAAAUGUUUUGUCUUGAUUAGACUUCUGAGAGAGAUCUUUUCCCUUGUAGUUUCAUAACUGUCCCUAUCAUGUAUUUGAUAUUUUAUGAUACGAACAGCCUCUCCUUCCAAGUUUUUUCUCCCAUUUUUCUCUCUUCAUUUUCUCUCGCCUUUUCAAACAAGGGAAAGUUCCAUUCACCUUGAAUUUUCAUUUCGCCUCAUUUUCUUCCCUUCCAAUUACAUUGUAAGAAGUUCAAGUCUCUCACUUUGAUUCC